CCUGGUGGCGGCGGCGACAACAGCAGCGGCGAGCGCGGAGUAGCGGCCGGGCAUGCCCGCUGCCCCCCGCCGGGCCCCAGACCUGCCCCCUGGUGCCCAUCAUGGAGCUGGCGCAAGCGCCCGCAGACCUGGCCCAGCUGCAGGCGGAGGUGGGGCGCCUGGCGGCCGAGCUGCAGGAGGCAACGCAGGAGAAGGUGCAGGCCGCCCAGUACGGGCUGGCAGUGCUGGAGGAGAACGGGGAGCUCAAGCAGCGCUGUGGGGAGCUGGAGGGGCAGUUGGACAGGCUGAGCUCAGAGCUGACCCAAAUGAAGGAGGCCCUGGCUGAGUGUCACAGCAGCCACAAGCGGGCAGCGGUGGCCGGGGAGAACCGGGAGGAGAGCCUGGUGCGCGAGGCUGCGGCCAAGGAGGCCCAGCUGGCCGCCCGCCUCGAGGAGCAGCAGGGGGAGCUGAGGCAGCUGCGGUGCCAGCUGAGCAACGCGGGUGCCGAGAGCGAGCGGCUGAGCGCCGCCCUGCAGGACCUGCGCCAGGAGUGCCAGGCCCUGGACGCAGAGAGGGCCCAGCUGCGGGAGGAGCUGAAGCAGCACAAGAGUCGGGAGCUGCGGCAGCUGCAGGACUGCGCCGAGCUGGAGGAGGAGAACAUCUCCCUGCAGAAGCAGGUGUCCGUGCUCAAGGGCAACCAGGUGGAGUUUGAGGCCCUGAAGCACGAGCUACGGUGCCGGGAGGAGGAGGCGGCACUGGCCGGAGCCCAGGUGGAGGAGCUGGGGCGGCUGCGGGAGCUGGCGGAGCGGCAGCUGGAGGAGGCGCUGGAGACGCUGGCGGUAGAGCGGGAGCAGCAGCGGGAGCUGCGGCGGGAGCUGGUGGCCUGCACCGGGGGCCGUCCCAGCUCGCUGGGCAGCCUGCAGGCCGGCCUGGAGGAGCUGAGCCAGGAUGAGGAGCUGGACAGUGGCUUCGCCAAUGGCAGCGCCAGCGUGGGGGACUUUGGGGAGCGGGUGUCCACCCCCCACGCCCGCCCUGCGCCCGGCCUUGUCGCCGACCUCUUCAGUGAGCUCAGCCUGGUAGAGGUGCACAAGCUGCGGCAGCAGCUGCUCCAGGUGGACCGGGAGAAAACCUCCCUGGCGGCUGAUGUGCAGGAGGCCCGGCGGCAGCUGGACAGCGCCAGGGAGGCCUUGACGGAACAGCAGCAGCGCAAUGGCCUCCUCCUGGAGCAGCUCAAGGCCAGGCCGGCGUCCCCGGAGCCCCGGCCCUGGCAGGACCUGGUGGCGCAGCUGGAGGGGCAGCUGCGGGCCUCCCGGAAGCUGGCAGGGGAGCUGCAGGCCCGGCUGGCCCAGGCCCAGGAGGAGCUGCUGGGGCUGACGGAGGAACUGGCCACCCUCUACCACCAGGUCUGCGCUUGGCGUGGCCUGACACCGCAGCGGGUGGUGCUGGAUUAUUACCGGGACGGGCGCGGCACUAGGAGGCCGGCGGGCAGGAGGGAGCCGGCGGGCAAGCCCCGUCUCCAGCCGGAGCCAGGGGCAGGGCCCUGCGGGGACCAGUCGCCCCCCGGCUCACCCGGGGAGCCCCUCAACGUCUCCAACCUGGCGGUGGUGCUGCGGGAGCAGCUGGGGCACCUGCAGGGGGCGCUGGUCCUGUGGCGGCAGCAGCCCCCCAGGCAGGGCCCGCCAGCGGCCGAGCUGGAGCGGGACAAGGAGGCGCUGGCUGAGGAGGUGCUGAAGCUCCGCUCCUUGCUCAGCACCAAGCGGGAGCAGAUCGCCACGCUGCGCACCGUGCUCAAGGCCAACAAGCAGACGGCGGAGGCAGCACUCUCCAACCUGAAGGGGCAGUACGAGGGGGAGAAGGCCCUGGUGUCCGACACCAUGCUCAAGUUGCGCCGUGAGCUGAAAGCCCUGAAGGAGGACGCCACCACCUUCUCCUCCCUGCGCGCCAUGUUUGCCAGCAGGUGUGACCAGUACGUGUCCCAGCUGGACGAGAUGCAGCGGCAGCUGGCUGUGGCGGAGGACGAGAAGAAGACACUGAGCUCCCUGCUGCGCAUGGCCAUCCAGCAGAAGCUGGCGCUCACCCAGCGCCUGGAGAGCCUGGAGAGCCCGGCCCGCACCAGGGCCAGACCCCGCAGCACCAGGAGCACCGCGCACUGACACCGUGGGCGCGGCCUUGCAGAGAAACCCGUGGGAUCGGCGCCAAGCAGAGCCAGCGCCGGGCCCAGCACUGCCCGUGCCUUCAGUGCUGCAAACAGCCAACAGACCCCGACCUCUGCCACAGCCGCCCCCGCCAGCGGGCGGCCACUGUGCCUUAACUGCUCAGGGCUAGGUAGGGCGUGGCCAGCCGGCCCCCUGUGGGCGGAGCACUGGCCCCUGUCUCUGUCUUGCUGAGUGAAACCUUCUCUUCCUGCCUUCAUGGGGUUGGCUCAGGAUCCCCACACUUACGGGGCAUGGGCCGGGUCUGGGCCUGGCGCUCAGAGGCAUCUUUGAGGCACUAUCGCCUUUUGUCACUGAUCCAUUUUGCACUAAGAACUGCCGAUCUCAGGGGAGUGGCUAUGGGGGUACACGGGGUGUGGUGGGAGCGGGGGGCUGUGCUGUAUGAACUGCUGUGUGUAUCCCCUGGGCUCAGACAAGUGACCGGGGCCUGUUUACUUUGCCUCCAAUUAAAGGGCUUUGGUCUC